AUGAGUUGUUACACCCUCCUUAAUGACAUCGACUUUUUUGAAUGCAAACUCAAGGAAAAGCUGUAUGACUUGAAGCUGUUAUUCAAAAAUGCUGAUAAAUCUCGUGGAGGUGGGCAGAAUCUGCAAGAUUUAGAAGAUGGAGGGUGUUUGGAUGAUAGUGGUGAAUCUGAAGGAUCUCAAAGGUUCAGAGUUAUGGCAGUGAAGAAGAACAGCAACACUGUUGCAAUCACAUCUGAUAUCUUGAGUGACAAAGAUCUGGAAGAGGUUGAUGCCUUGGAAGGUGAAAUUCAGGAAAUGAAAGAAGAAUCCUUAUCUGGUGUCCACAUUGAAGCCCCAGCCUCCCCAACUGAAGAAGCUAAAGGUGAAGGAGGAAAGAAGGAAUGGAAUUCAACUCGAGAUCUCAUACUUCAGGACUGGAGCCACUACUCUGGAGGAGUGGAUGAAGAAGAAACUGGAGGACUAGAGAAAUCUGGCCACAAAAUUAAAAGUUUUGAAGAGAUAGAGAAAGCCACAUCUCAUGGAGGCUCAGGUGAUCCAAAGAUGAAGGUGCGCUUUCCAUAUGUUUGCAAUGUGUGCAACAAGAAGUUCCUCAAGAUUGAGCGAGUGCAAGAGCACCUUGUCACCCACAGAUCCAGAAGAAAGUACAAAUGUCAAAAUUGCUCUGCAUCAUUCUCAAUAUUGUCAGAACUAAAGGCUCACACUUGCUCAACACAAUCUGAAGAGAAAGAGUUAGAGGGAGAGGAGGAGCAAGAAGGGGAAGUAGAUUCCAAGAGGAGACGGAGGGACUUGGUCCUCUGUGAACUAUGUGGGGCACAGGUUCAGACUUUGACCAGCCACAUGCGCACAGCACAUGGCAUUGGUCAAGAGCACAGAUCUCGACCAACCUGCCCAGUAGACACCUGCUGUAAAGUAAUGUCAUCGGCAGAGGAGCUGGCCGAUCACAUGCAAGAUCUCCAUGGGGAUCUUCAUGUUCCAUGUGAACGGUGUAAUUGUUUCAUCUUUUCUAGCUGUAUGGAACUUCAUCUAGAAAUGUGCUCAGGUGAAGUACCAAAGAGUGGAAAGCGGGGACCAAAGAAGCGUCAAUCAGGAACUAGCACCUCCCUGAAUGGAUUGGAUAGACACGAGCGAGAUAUACAGUUCUGCCCCAUCUGUUGUCGGAAAGUAAAGAAUCGAUACUGGUUGGAGAUUCACAUCCAGAACAUUCACAACACUCCUCGACCCUACCAGUGCGGAGAAUGCGGUGUAUCCUACCAGAAGGUCCAGCAGUUGGAGCUGCAUAUGUUGAGUCACACUGGCGAUACUCCUUUCAGGUGUGACCUAUGUGGGAAGGGUCUCGCAAAUGCAUCAUCUCUCAAAAAGCAUCGCGCGCUCCAUCUCGGAAGGCAGACCAAGCCAUAUGAAUGUGAAAUCUGCUGUAAACGAUUCAGUGGCAGGGACAACCUCAACGUGCACCUCAGGGGUGUCCACUCCAACACAGAAGACCUUCGAUACAUUUGUGAUGUCUGUGGGAAGAAAUUCCCAAUCCUCGGCUGGCUGAAAAACCAUCUGCGAACCCACAGCGAUGCAAGACCCUUCCAGUGCAGCUACUGCUCCAAGUGUUUCAAGGAGUAUGCAAAGUUGCGCGUCCACGAACGCAUCCACACCGGAGAGCGUCCGUACGUGUGCAGCCUGUGUCGGGAGGGUUUCAUCCGAUCCGAAAGCCUCAAGAAGCACAUGUUCAAGGACCAUGGCAUUGACACAAAUGAGAUAGCAUUUGUGGUAGUGGAGGACCAGAAGGUUCACUUGAAGGGACAGUCCACCGUCCCUGCGACCAGCCCGGGGGGAGUCGUAACCGGUCACGACGUGGAAAUGUCAGAUGUGCACCCUGUGAACUAUUCCAGUAAAACAAACAAAUUGAACGAGGUCGAAUUGGAUCAGGACACCUCUGUAACUGAUGUGUAAAAAUAAUCUCACCCUGGAGAGCUUAAUAUUGCAAAUGGAUGGAACAUUUUCAUAGAUCCUUUUUCAUACACUUUCAUAAAGAUUUUUCAAGGAAUGCUCAUUUCAUAAACGAAGCUGUAAGUGAAGAAUCCAUACCAAAUAGUAAUGAGAAUUGGCAUCGUAUGCCAGCUAAGAUCUGCACUGUGUUGUAACUUGGAAUACAUUCUGCAUAGCUAAUGUUUCUCUUGCUAUUGGGAAACCUCAGUUUUUUCGUUGCUGGAAUACAGCUGUCUCUCAUGAAAGUUUUAUUACAGUUUUGAAAAGACAUCAGUAUGCAUUGCUGAAGCAGCAG